UUUUGUUUUAUAUUUGAAUAAUACAAAACGUAUGUAAUCAAAUUACAAAACUUCGUCUCUCAACCAUUAUCAGGAAGCUCAUUAGACUCGUAAAACAGAAUUCAUCACACUUGUAUAACUUUACAAAGAAAUUGCCCCGUCAAAUCAACACGAGGCUUUCAACAUUGUUUCUUUGCACAUUAUCUUGAUGUUAGGUAUCCACGUGAUAUUUUUUGAAAGACGUUAAAGAAGAGUGCAAUUUUUGAGGAUGGCAACAGGUUAUGCAUCAGCAGAUUCAGAGGCCAUCAUGGAUUCAGUAAACAACAAUACCAUGAGUAACAACAACAACAGCAGUAAUGUCAACAACAAUGUUACUCUCCCUGUGCCAUGCAAUAGUUCAGAUCAGAAUGGGAGUGGAAACAUGAGUGCUUGUGCUACGUCAAAUGGAGCUACUCCUAGUGGCAGAGAAAGUUCUGGCAGCAGAAGAAGCACAUCGAGUUCUAGAGACAGUAAUAGCAGCUCCAGGCGUAGUCAUUCCAGUGGGCGAUCUCGAAGUCGGCAUCGUCGCUCUCAUGGUUCCAGUCGCCGCAGCAGCCGUCAUCAUAGUCGCCAACGUCACAACAAGCAUCGAGAGCGCAACUUUCCUUCUGCUCUUUGCAGCAUGGUUGCCAUUGUCAUUCUGAGUACAGCUAUGGCAGAACCUCGAUGGAUUCGCAUUGAGAAUGGAAGCUGUCGGGUUUCAGAAGGCAAACUGACCUAUCUGGGAGCUUUCCAAUUUUUGUAUAAUGGACACUUUGUGGAAAAUGUGCAUACAGUUUCUGACAUGGAUCAAAAGAGUAUUACAGUCUUCACAGAUUAUAAAUACGGUCCACUGGAAUCAGAUUGUAUGUUCAACUGCAUCACAGACCGAGGUGUCCUGCUGUUCAAGGCAGUCAUUGCCUUCACAUUUAUGGCAAUUAUCUGCUCUCUGUGUUCAUUCUUGAUUGAUCUCAUUGGACCAUCUCAGCGCUUUUUUAAGCUCAUACGCCGCAGCUCCAUCUUCAAUGUCAUCACAGUGAUCCUAUGCGUGGUGGUAACAUUGUUUAUGUACUGGAUCACAGUAGUUGUCUUGACACUUCAGCAAGAAGUCGAAAGUACUGAGGUGCAAGUGUCCUUUGAUGUCAGCUUCUAUCUCAUCACUGCAGCAGGUGUAACCUCUGUUGUGGCGGUUGCUUUCAGCUGCUUGCGUCGUUACCCUCUGACCGAGAAUGAAGCUCCUACAGCACGAACCAUCUUAGACGAUCAGUUCAACGAGGACACUGAAAAUCUUCUGUCCCUUCCUCCACCAACCUUUCAUAACCUUUCCCCUAUGGCACACCUUCCACCUCCUCCACCAUACACACCUUAAAGUAUUCAUUUCCAUCCAGGACAUUGUAAAUACCAUAAAAUAUUGUGUAAAUUGUGUACAAUAACAAACACUAUAAGAGCAUUCAAGAAUUUUGUUUCCUACCAUUUUUGGUGAAAUCUGUUUUGAGGUAUAAAACUUUUUUUUUUAUAUAAGAGAUUUAUGGGGUAGAAUGUAUUUUUUAAAGUUCUAAUUUCCAAAUUUAUGGAGUGUGACUAAUGAGUUAUGAAAUUUUCCUUAUUUAGGUCUUUAAUCAAGUAUAAACAAGGUCGAAUAAUAGAAUGGUGUUUGCCUUGUGUGUGCAUUUGAAUGAUUGCUUAACAUGAUGAGGACCAGCCACUUGUGCAUGAUGUCCAUUUCUAAAGCACAUGAAUCUGUGUCAAAUCAUAUCAGUUUAGACAAUUACUAAUAAGAAAAGCUAUGUGAAAGAAUGUUUCAGUGGUGAUAGAGAUGAUUUAUGUUAUAUCAUAGGUCUGAUGUGAGAUAGCUGGCUGCGAGUACAAUCUUUACAAGGAAACUGUAAAAUUUAGAAAGGAAUUUUUACUCAAUUAUUUUAUUAACCAGCUGUAGUUAUUAGUUGCAUAAUUGUCAUAGAGUGGCCAGCUGUGUACGCAUGUGUGUGAGUUUGUGAAGAGUCAUUCAUCACCGAUCUUUUUCUUUUAAUUAAAAUAAUCUACACAGCAGAACAUUUUUAAUCGGAACUAGACAGUGGCAUGAUCAUUGUUGGUUUUAACAAAGUCUGACUGCUAAAAAUCAUCAUGCACUUUUCAUCCAGACAUAUUUCCCAAAUGUUUAUAUCAUGGUUGUGCAGCAGCAUGUUUCAUUUUUGUGACAAUAUAUUCCAACAGUUUUUAAUGUGGCUGAGGGAUACGACUUGCUUCACUGUUUAUAUUGUCUUAAGUACUGGUUUAUGUAGACCUUGUUACAGAAAUGUUGCUUUACAUCAUUUAUUUCAAAAUGAUUGAAUGGAUCAACGAUAUACUUUAGAUUUGUGGUGGUGAAAAGAUCGAGACUGAUUUAUUAACUGUAAAUAUUGAUUAUGCCAUAAUCAGAUACAUUCUUUUAUAAUUAGCACAAUCCUUUACUAGUAGUCAUUGUCUUACUGGUAUGUCGGAGAUCAUCGCAGCAGUCUCUCGAUAAGUGAUCAUGUAUUCUAAUCUGAAUAUGUCAGAAUUGCAGUGAAAAAUUCUAAACAAUUCUUACAGAGCUUAAUUACAAAAUUACAGCUUAAUGAAUGUUUAAUUAUUUACUGAAAACAAAGAUAGAGUAAUCCAGCUAUUUGUUUUCCUCCUAGAUGUGGUACAUUUGUCAACCAGUAGGUACAAUCAGUCUCUUAGGAAGUGCAAACACCUGUGAUCUUUUUUCUGACAAGAUCAGAAUCUAUUAUUGUGUUUGUCCUGUCCAUUCUAAACAGGUCUAUUGUCUAUGUUCCACAAGAUAUCAUCUGUAAAAAAACACACUAAUUGUAGACACAAAUGGUUUAUAGCUUUUUGUAUGCAUAUUAUAUAGAUUAAUAAAAAUAUUGUAUUUGACAUGAGUUAGUUGUGAUAUGGCCUAAUACUGGUGCACUGUAUGCUUAAUUUUGUUUGCCCUGUUGAAGGGUUUAUUUUGUUGUGAAUAUUUGCCUUUACAGUUCAUGCUUUCUCAUGCUUGCGUUUCUGGUCACUUUUGAUUUACAUGUUGGAUAAACCACCCUAGUUUAGGGAGGCACUCAGCGGGUAAAAUUUACCUGACAGACAAGCUAUUUCUUGAUCCAUGAGCUAUUGAGACAGUGAAGCUAAGUAACCAACCAACUAUAGAAAUAUCUAAAAAAUGAGUGGCCUUGUAUGGCCAGGGUUACACCUGUUGCGUAAACAAACCCCCCUUCCCAGGAAAAAAAGCAGCAAAAAAGUCAGUUUUAUCCACUUUGAACAGGAAAUAUCAGACAAGAAAUCAACUGAAAAGAUCGAUUCUAUUUUGUAUUUAGUGUUUGUAAAGACUGCGAUGAAAAUAAUAUUUAUGGAACAAACUGUUGUUUGUCCAAUUAAUUUAUGAUUUUUAAGUGGUCUC